UUUUCUUUUAUUUUAAUUUAUUUUUUGGCAUUAUGAGGUGAAACCCUCAUACUCAAGAGUUCAAAAAAAAGAAAACAAAAGAAGAAGUACAAAAAAAAACUAUGAUUGAAGCCCUUGGACCAGAGAAGUUAGUUAAAAAUAAGUUUCCUAUGGAAGUUGGAAAAUACCAGCAUAUGAUGUUCAAGAUGGUAUCAAAAAUUUUUGAAAAUCAGGAGCUAAUUAUUGCUGUAAAUAAACAACCCCAUAGUAACUUGGCAGUUAAGCAAUUAGAGACUAUAGCAGAAUACAAAGAUUUUGUCAAAUAUUUAGAGGAUGAUUCAGUUCGCCUUGAUUUGGUUAAACAACUGAGUUUUUCAGGCGCUGAAGAUUAUAAACAGCUGAUAAGAUUGGUUAUGAAUAAGUUUUUCUAA